AUGUGUCAAGUUAUAUUUGAACCUUCUUUUAAAACGCCACGGAAUGAUGUGAAACCUUGUAGUGGUGUUAUAGACAGAUGUAAUGUAACUGGCAAUUGGUAUCAGUAUGACUACGCCCUGGAAACGGCCUGCAUGUCGUAUACGUCGGAGUAUAAAGGCUUUAAAAACAUACACUGUUUUCUUUGUAAUGGAAAUACAUUAACAAAUGAAGACAGCAUCUGUGAGCGUGAAAGCGGUGAGCACGGUGACACCUCAUUCGUUGCUCUUUUAGAUUUUUAUGAUUUAGACGGAACAUCUUCAAAGAGCAAAGUCACAAAAUGCUCCAGUGGCUCGAAGUACGACCCACUUAAGAAAGUAUGUCGACCACUAUCGUGCGCACCUGGUAUGAUGCUUUCUCAAGACAAGUGCACUCCAAUUUAUAAGGAAAUGGUGAAUCCAGAAAACGAUCUUGUGUUUAGACUCCAGUUCAAUCUUCUUUCCACACAUGCUACUAAAAGUUUUCAAUGGUUUCAUCUUGAGAGAUUGGCCGAAUUGGUUCUGAAUGAAUUUUCUUCAAAACUUAUUCUCUUGUACACAACAUUCAGCGCAAGGCUAUGUGAUUUUAAUUCCUACGUGAAGUUGGAACAAAGUCUUGAAAAUACAGUUAUUUCAAUGAAAAGAGAAAAUUUAACGGAUUUUAUGACAUUCGUUCAUCAUCUGGCUAUUGUAGUUGAUUUCAGCUUCGAAGAGAUAAGGAAUACUUCCGCCACCCUAGAAGAAAUGGCGACACUAUUUGCAUCAUACGACUAUUAUGCCCAAUAUCUUGUUCAAUACAAAUCAGGUGACUCCGAAAUGCCAACCAAAUAUAAUUACAAUGCCAGUGAAGAAUUUGAAAGCACUCUGAAUGAACUUGAUAUAGAUAUGUUUCAGUAUUAUAUGAUUUUACGCGGUCAGAAUGAUCCAGAAGACGGAUUAGGAAUAUUGUGGCUUGAAUAUAUUUUUGCACCUCAACAAGGAUGCGAAUCUACAUUAUCAAUUCAGCCAAAUCCGUUUUGUGCCUGUAUAGAACUUAACCGUAACGAAUUCAAUAUAGAUAUUGCUAACAGAAGAAUUAAAUCUGGCGGCUUCUCUCACACGUCGUCCUUAGAGUUGACCUUUUCAAAAAUUUUGUCUUCUAAAAAUGGAGAAGGCGUACUGGUCUGUUCUGAUGAGUAUUUUUCGCAGCUACCUUCAGAAUCAAAACACUUUCCUGCAGUUAAAGACCAGUUGGUUGUGUUGACUAUUAUUUGUCUAGUUUGUUCUAUCAUAUCCCUUUUAUUGACCUUUGUAAUCUAUUCUAUGCUGCCUAGUUUAAGAACUCUUCCUGGAUUGAAUAACAUGGCUCUAGUCUUUCACCUUUUCCUUGCACAUACGUUGGCUUUGAUAAUUGCUGUAACAGACAUAAAAGUACAAUGGCUUUGUUCUGCUGUCGGCGUUCUUCUCCACUACACUCUGCUGUCCAGUUUUCUAUGGAUGUUCAUCUGUACCUUUCAUAUGAUGACUGUUUUCGCAAAGAUAAAAGAUAGACAUGCCGCCGUUCAUAACAAUAAAUUUUUCCGUUAUUUGAUAUUUACUGAAGUAAUAUCUGCUCUUCUGAUAGUAUCUAACAUUGUUGUCGCUCUUAUUUCAAGCAAGACCUCUCCUGGAUUUGGCUACGGUGGUUCCAACUGCUAUAUUCGAGACUCGAUCACGAUUCUCUUAUUUGUUGCCGUCCCGCUUGGUCUUAUUCUCACGGCCAACUUUGGUAUGUUUGCUUAUGUCAUUUGGAUCGUUGCACGCUUACCAGACAUGGCAAAACAUAGUAACCACGAACGGCACAAUAUAAUGAUAUUUUUCAAGCUGUCUACUCUAACUGGUAUCACCUGGAUAUUUGGAUUCUUGUAUGAGUUCUUUGAAAUACUUCUUUUUGCCUAUGCCUAUAUAGUUCUCAAUGCUGGUCAGGGCGUGUUUAUCAUGUUUUCGUUUGUACUGAAUAAACGAGUGUUCUUCAUGUUACGUUCUAAGAGCCACGCGAAAAAAGAUGGACUCUCGGCUGAAACGACUCGGCAAGUCCAUGUUUCAGUUGUCUCUUACAGAUAA